CUCAAGUUUUUUUCAAGUGAGUUUGCUCAAGGAAUACAACAACAACAACACAAUUUUAAGGCUGGCUCCAUUAAUCUCGCAGUGCCAAGUGGAUUACAACUAGCGCAUUUUAAAUCAUAACAAAACAAAUUCAAAACAAAAUUCAAAACAAAAGUCAGCUGCCCACAGCUGCUGCUUUUUGCCGCCGGCAUACAAAACACAAACAGCAGCAACACACGUGCUCCCAGCUCCACAAUCUCGCCAAGCUUCAGUUACAAACUUCAUCCAGCGCCCAAACUUUAAGCGUCUUGCGUCUCGCUCUCGCAUCGCGUGUGGGUGGGGAGCGUGCGCGUCUCUGUGUGCGUGCGUGCGUGUGUGUGUGCGUGCGUGCGUCUGUGUACGCGUUGUGUGUUGGUGUGUGUGUGCGCCAUUAUCAUAUCGCCCCCCCAGCUUCAAUAUAUUCGACAACAAAAUUCUCACCGAGGCAUCCAAAGCGCCCCUCAGGGCUGUCGCGCUGGCGUCAUUUCUGGGCGACGGUUUUGCCGCCCUCGGUAGCCGAGCACCACCCGUCAAGGAUCUAAUGGCAUUCGGCGCGGUCCUGCACACAAAUCAGCACAAUAUAGGACGCAGCGAGCCGCCGGUCGGCGUUGGCGAUCCCUGUGCUGGCUGCAACAAGCCCAUAUUGGAUAAGUUUCUAUUGAACGUGCUGGAGCGUGCCUGGCACGCGUCCUGCGUCCGAUGCUGCGAGUGCCUGCAGCCGCUGACAGACAAAUGCUUCAGUCGCGAAUCAAAGCUGUAUUGUCGCAACGAUUUCUUCAGACGUUACGGCACCAAGUGCAGCGGCUGUGGCCAGGGCAUAGCUCCAUCUGAUCUGGUGCGUAAACCAAGGGAUAAGGUUUUCCAUUUGAAUUGCUUUACCUGCUGCAUUUGCCGCAAGCAGCUGAGCACAGGCGAGCAGCUUUACGUGCUGGACGACAAUAAGUUUAUCUGCAAGGACGACUAUUUGCUGGGCAAGGCGCCAUCCUGCGGCCAUAACUCGUUAAGCGACUCAUUAAUGGGCUCGGCUAGCGAAGAUGAAGACGACGAUGAUCCGCCACAUUUGCGCGGCCCGGCGCUGGGCUUGGGCGUACUUGGUCCGAAUGGCCCCGACUCAGCGGGUGGACCGCUGGGCAACUCGGAUAUAUCAGUACAAAGCAUGAGCACCGAUAGUAAAAAUACGCAUGACGAUUCCGAUCAGGGCUCCUUGGACGGUGAUCCCGAUGGACGCGGCGAUUCACAGGCGGAGAACAAAAGUCCCGACGAUGCCAACGGCUCCAAGCGACGCGGACCCCGCACCACCAUCAAGGCCAAACAGCUGGAGGUACUGAAAACGGCUUUCAAUCAGACACCGAAACCGACACGCCACAUUAGGGAACAACUGGCCAAGGAAACGGGACUGCCCAUGCGCGUGAUACAGGUCUGGUUCCAGAACAAACGAUCCAAGGAGCGUCGCAUGAAGCAAAUCACCAGCAUGGGCCGUCCGCCGUUCUUUGGCGGUGCGCGCAAGAUGCGCGGCUUUCCCAUGAAUCUCUCACCGGGCGGCCUAGACGAUGGUCCCGGCUUUCCCUACUUUGCUGCAGACGCUAAAUUCGAGUUCGGCUAUGGUGGACCAUUCCAUCCGCACGAUGGCCCCUUCUUUCCCGGCCAUCCCGGCGGACCAAUGCCUUUCAAUGCGCCAGGUGGACCGAUGGACCACAGUGGACCGAUACCGAUGGUGAAUGAGUUUGGCCUGACGCCCGAGUCAACAUUUCUGAGUCAGGCGGGUGCACCACCAAUGCAGCUGCAAUCAGCUGUGGGGCCGCCACCGCCGCCGCCGCAGAAUGCCGCCGAGCAUUUGUUGCAACAGGCGGCAGCGCAGCAGCAGCAGCAGCAGCAACAGCAAGCGGCACAAAAUGCGCAACAAGCGCAGCAACAAACGCAACAACAACAACAACAACAACAGCAACAGCAACAAAAUGGCCCGCGUACUGCAUCACCCGAGUUCAUGAGCUCAGCGAACUUUAGCGAACCGCAGAAUAUGCAAAAUGAAGGGCUUGUUUGGUAAUAUACAAAACAGUUGGCAACGCGCCUGCUGUUCUACAAAAACUAUCAGCAACAGCAACAACAACAACAAUACGAAUAACGGCAACAACAACAGCAAACACAAAUAACAAC